AUGGCUAGUGCUAGAGCGGUUGCCAUGUUCUACCUUGUAGUUUCUGUGACGGUCUCUUUUUUCCCAAACCAUACAUGGGCAAGUAAGUCUCAAGCUGCCAUUGAAAAAGAUGAGGUGAUGGAACACUGUAAGUUCAUUAGAAAAGGUGUGCACUGGCCAUUCGAACCAAGCAAGGCAUGCUGCCAAGUAGUGACGCGUUCAGUGAACCUCCUAGCAUUUUGCAACGCGUUUAUCGCCGUAGAUUUGGCACAGAUCGAUCUACAGAGGUGGGCUGCCGUCACUCGUUCGUGCGGUAACGCGUUGCAUGAAGGAGACAAUUGUGCAGGAAAUUAG